GUCAAAGGACGGAUUUUCGCGCCAUCUGAUCGAGAGCAAGAGAAAUCGAGCGAUUAUACAGCGGACAUGGUGUCAGAAGUAUACGCAGAAGACAAGCAUUCUCAGGUGGCCAUAGCCAUACAGGCAUCUUUCUUGCUAGUCAUCAUGCUUUCAUCUCUUUUAGGAAACACACUGAUCCUUCUUGCCAUCUACAGAAACCACAGUCUUCGCAGUAUCACCAGCGUGUUUAUCGCUAAUCUUGCGGUGGCAGAUUUCUUGCUUGCACUCCUUGGAAUGCCAUUCACUAUGGCAUCUUCUAUAACCUACCACUGGGUGUUUGGAGAUAUUUGGUGUAAGAUCAACGGGAUGUUGAACUCGAUAUUCUGCAUUGCGUCCAUGCUGUCGCUAGCAGCUGUAUCAAUUGACAGAUACGUUGCAAUUAUCAAGCCACUCCAGUACCCACUCAUCAUGACCUCGCGAAUCGCUUUGGGUAUGAUAACCUACGUCUGGAUGCACGCCAUCACUUGCGCUUUUCUCCCCAUCUUCGGCUGGUCCAGCUACACCUACAUCUACAACGAGUCAAUUUGCACGGCAAACUGGGGAGAAAACAUCCCCUACACCAUGUUCAUCUUCGCUUUCAGCUUCUUCGCCCCACUGAUGGUCAUGACCUACUGCUACUUCCAUAUACUUCGUGCGGCGAGGAAACAGAGUAAAAAGAUAUCACCGCGGGUGGGCGAACUAAAAGAACAGACGUUACAAACGAUGGUGGCCGUCCCGGUGGCUUUCGGUAACGAGAAAGGCACACAAGCGGUUGAAGAUCCACCGACGGCAAAGGAAAAAGCGAAAGAAAGAGAAGCUAAGGAGAAGUUUAGGAGAGAAACAAGGGCGGCGAAGACGCUUCUCAUCGUUAUGGGUACAUUUAUGUUUUGUUGGGCACCUCACUUUAUUGGAAUGACCUGUUUACUUUUUGAAAAAUGCAGAAACUCUUGGCCGGACGAAUACUUUGCUACUACCACAUGGCUGGCCAUGUUGAAUAGUGGGUGUAAUCCCAUAAUUUAUGGAGUAAUGAAUAAGAAAUUCCGGCAGAGUUUUAAGGAUAUAGUCAUGUGUACCAAGAGAACUAACAGGAGGUACAGCCAACGGGAACUGAGUUCUGUUUCAUAA